AUGGUCCCAAAUGAAGCCAGUCAGUACAUGGGGAUUGUCCACUUGCUUCAGCAUUUCAGAUGGCUAUGGGUUGGGCUCCUUGCUGCAGAUGAUGAGAGUGGAGAUCAUUUUUUAGAGGCUCUGGAGCCAUUGCUCUCCAACAAUGGAAUCUGUUCAGCCUUCACACAAAGAAUCCCAAACCAAGGUCGUCUGCUUACCAUUACUGAAAUGAAUGGGAUGUCCACAAAUGUUCAUCUGCUUUUCAUGGAUAGGAAGGUCAGAACAUUUGUGGUCUAUGGUGAAACUAUGACCAUUAUGUGGCUAAGCACGCUGAUGCUUCUAGUAGAUCCUACAGAUCAGGAAAAGACAACACUUGUUGGAAAGGUGUGGAUCAUGACAGUCCAGAUUGAUUUUACAUUAAUGGGCCUUAUAAUGAGCUGGGAUGUUGAUCUCUUCCAAGGCAUCAUUUCCUUUGAAAUUCAUUCCAAUGAACCUUUGGGGUUUCAAAACUAUAUUCAGAAUUUGAGACUCCAUGGAAUCCAAGCAAAUGGUUUUCUCAAGGUUUUCUGGGAGCAAGCUUUCAGCUGCUCCUUUCCAAAUUCGAAAGUCCCAAAGGAGGUUGAUAAAAUUUGUAAUGGGGAGGAGAGGCUGGAGAGCCUUCCUCGGUCUGUUUUUGAAACACACAUGACUGGACACAGCUAUAGUAUCUAUAAUGCCGUCUACACUGUGGCACAUUCAUUACAUGCCAUGUUCUCAUCUAGAUCCAAUAACAGAGCAAUGAUGGAGGGUAAAAGAGUUGAACUUCAGGUUCUCCAUCCUUGGAAGCUCCACCCAUUUCUUCAAGGUGUUUUGUUUAACAACUCCGCUGGAGAAACAUUAUCAUUUAAUGACAACAGAGAAAUGGGAACUGGAUUUGAUAUAGCCAAUAUGAUCCUCUUCCCAAACAACUCAUUUAUGAAAAUGCAAGUUGGAAGAGUGGAUUCCAGUGAAGGAAAAGGAUUUAUCCUUGAUGCGGAUAACAUUGCAUGGCAGAUGAGUUUUAACCAGGGGUUGCCCCUGUCUGUCUGUAGUGACACCUGUCAUCCUGGUUAUCAGAAGAUAAAGAAGGAAGGGGAGAAAUUUUGCUGCUAUGAUUGUGCUCUGUGCCCAGAAGGGAAGAUUUCAAACCAAAAGGAUAUGGUUGACUGUUUCAGAUGCCCAGAAGAUCAAUACCCAAGCAAGGACCAAGAUGGAUGCAUCCCCAAAAUUACAAGCUUUCUCUCUUUUGCAGAUCCUUUAGCAAUAUGUUUGGCCUUGGUUACUAUUUCAUUUUCCAUAAUCACAGCCUUGGUGUUAGGAACAUUUAUGAAGCAAAAAGAUACCCCCAUCAUCAAAGCCAACAAUAGGGACCUCACCUACACUCUCCUCAUCUCCCUCUUGCUCUGUUUCCUCUGCUCCUUUCUAUUUGUUGGACAACCUAGAAGGUUUACCUGCUUUCUACGUCAAUCUGCUUUCGGCAUCAUCUUCUCAGUGGCCGUUUUGUGUGUGUUGGCCAAAACCAUCACUGUGGUUGUAGCUUUCAUGGCCAGCAAACCAGGGAGCAGCAUGAGGAAGUGGGUGGGGAAAAGAUUGGCCAACUCCAUUGUCCUUUCUUGCUCUCUAAUACAAGUAGGCAUUUGUGGAGUGUGGCUAGGAACCUCUCCCCCAUUCCCUGAUUUGGACAUGCAGUCACUGAAUGGAGAGAUCAUUGCAGAAUGUAAUGAAGGGUCUGUUGUCAUGUUUUAUCUUGUCCUGGGCUACUUGGGACUUCUGUCCAUCAUCAGUUUCACUGUGGCCUUCUUAGCCAGGAAGUUGCCAGACACAUUCAAUGAAGCCAAAUUCAUCACUUUCAGCAUGCUGAUGUUUUGCAGUGUUUGGUUUUGCUUUGUUCCAACUUACCUGAGCACCAAGGGGAAAUACAUGGUCGCUGUGGAGAUCUUUUCUAUCUUAGCCUCCAGUGCUGGAUUACUGGGUUGCAUCUUCUUCCCCAAGUGCUAUAUUAUUCUGCUGAAGCCUGAACUGAACAACAGGGAGCAGCUAAUGAGGAGAAAGAAUUAA